UCCAACGACCAUAUCAAGCACAAAAUAUUAGCUCAGACAGCACACACAGGGUUUAGGAGCUGCCAUGGAGGAAGAAGAUGAAGCAGGAGAGCCCCCACGAACUCAGACUCGCCACAUCAAGAAGAGAGCUCUCAGGAACAAGGCUCUCUCCAUCUCCUUCGACGAGAAAGACCUCAAGGAUUUUGUGACUGGGUUUCAUAAAAGAAAGAAGAAGAGGAGAAAGGAAGCUGAACGGCAAUUACAGGAAGUGCAACGUCGGAAACGCAUCGAGCUGCGUAAAAAGAGAAAAAUGGAAAGGGAAUUCGUUCAAUAUGGUGGAGCUCCAGCAGAGACAAGUGCAGGACCUGAUGAACGUGGGGACAAUUCUGAGCAGGACGAAGAAAUCGAGCCAGUUCCAUCUGUUUCUGGAACAACGAUGUAUGACAAUGGUGAUGUGAAAGUCAUAGUGAUGACUAGUGAGAUAUCUCGUGAAGAAGAGAGUCCAAGUGAGAGGCCACAGCAAGCAACACUUGGAUCAAUCGAAGGGGAUGUAAAGAAGCGCCACAAUGUGCCUGUGAAUAAGAAGAAACCACUCAAGAGAGUUGUGAAGAACAGAUCUCGGAAAAAGGCACAGAACAAGAGAGACAAACACAAGGGAAAAGAAAAAAUUAAGAAGCGUUGAUCACAAUUACUUUCUUUUCUGUCCAACAGUGCAAAUUUCUAAAUUGUCUAAACUGGCCCUUGUAAGAUUGGAUGUUUAAACUUUAUGCACCUUGGGAUUUUUUUGAUAUUUGAUUUGAUUAGUCAUAAAAAUUAUGAAUCAAUUUUUUUUUUCUUCAAAA